AAGAUAGUUCCAAAUCCAACUCUAUUCCCUUGAACUUACCCUCAAUUAUGUAUCACUACUUUUGGGGUGCAUAGUUUCUUCUUUUUCAUGAUUCCUUAGGCGCCCUUAUUUAUUUUAACCUUCUUUUCCUUUUUUAGACUCAACCCUUUGUUCAUUUUCUAUAUUUUUGGUGCAAAUUGGUUUCCUUUUGAAGGUGCUUUUCUUGCUGCAAAUUAAGAUGGUGAGAGGAAAGACGCAAAUGAAGCGUAUAGAGAACGCAACAAGUAGGCAAGUAACAUUUUCAAAGAGAAGAAAUGGUUUGAUGAAGAAAGCAUUUGAGUUAUCAAUUUUGUGUGAUGCUGAAGUUGCUCUUGUUGUUUUCUCACCAAAAGGGAGACUUUAUGAGUUUGCCAGUUCAAGAGGUAGUUUAGUACUGUUAAUAACUGAUCUAUUACGUGUAAUUUUUAUUUUUGGAACACUAUGCCUCUUAACUGUAUUUCGAGCAUUAAAGACACAUUUUGAACGAUACCGCAGUCAUAGCAGGAUUAAUAAUACUCCAACAACAUCUGAAUCAAUUGAAAAUACUCAGCAUUUGAUGGAAGAAGCAGAAAACAUGAUGAAAAAGAUUGAUCUUCUUGAGACUUCAAAACGGAAACUCUUAGGAGAAGGUUUGGGGACUUGUUCAAUUGAAGAACUGCAAAGGAUAGAGCAACAGUUGGAGAAGAGUAUAACCAAAAUUCGAGCAAAAAAGACUCAGGUUUUCAGGGAACAAAUUCAGCAGCUAAAAGAAAAGGAAAAAGCCCUAGUUGCUGAAAAUGUCAUGCUCUCUAAGAAGUAUGGUAAUUAUUCAUCAAAGUCAGCAAAAAACAAUGAAAAAGAAAAUAUAGGUGAAGGUGAAGCUUAUGCAUAUCAGAGUAGUCCAAGUUCAGAUGUGGUGACUGAAUCAUGGUUGUCAAGAUCUCGAUCUAGAUCUUAAAAUCUUAAGGUUUUACGAUCUCACUCACCCCUAACGAUCCCGAUCUUAAGUUGAAUCGCGUGUUGUAGUUAAAUUGUAAAAAAAUGUCUCUAAUGUCUAGUAAUUAGCCAAAUAUGUCCCUAAAGUCUAACAAAUUGUCCAUGUGAUAGUAAUAACAUAUAAAAACUCAGUCAUACAUGUCUAGAGAAUAUGAAAAAGAGUCAUUUUGUCACUAAUACACUUGUCUACUAUAAUAUAACAUGUAAAAAUACUUCAAAUAUAGUAGGAUCUUACGAUUUCGGCUGCGAUCUUAUGUUUUAUGAUCUUGUUACUUGCUCUCGACCUUACAAAAAUAAUUGGGUAGGAUCUUCCGAUCUUAACUACGAUUUUAUAUUUUACGAUCUUGUUAUUCUCUCCCGAUCUUAUGUAAGAUCUCGAUCUUGACAACCUUGGACUGAAUUGUUCAUUGGUCUUCCAGUAACAAGAACAAAGCCAAUUUCUCCAAAGUUGAGGACUAAUUAAUCUCUAUGAUUUUGAAUAUGAAAAAUGAAAAUGAUUGAAGGGUAAGGCAAAGUAUCUCAUCAAUGUAUAUUAGAUAUGUUUGCUUAGUUAUGCUCUCAUGAUUCAGAUUAUAAUAGUGGUGAAUUUUGAGAGCAGUGAUUUGUUUAGUACUCCUCUGUCUUAAAUUAUUUCAUUUUGCCAA